CGAUGUGCGCAUGCUCAGUAGGACAAAUCGAUGGGUAGGAUAAAUCGACAGAACACCGGCUUCUCUUCGAUCUGCUCCGAACAUGUCUGCAAUCGGUCAGGACAGGUAUAAGUAUGAGGACUACGAAGCAACAGCAGAGUGGCUACUAGCUCGCAUCCAAAUCCAGCCAAAAGUGGCCAUCAUUUGUGGUUCAGGCCUUGGAGGUUUGGCUGACUUGUUAAUCAACAAGACUAGUUUUGCCUAUAAGGACAUUCCUAAUUUUCCUCACAGUACAGUACAAGGGCAUGCAGGUCAGCUGGUGUUUGGGGAGCUUAAAGGAAAGCCAUGCGUCUGCAUGCAAGGCCGCUUUCAUUUCUACGAGGGUCAUGACAUUGCUACAGUCACAUAUCCAGUGCGUGUGUUCCACCUCCUUGGAGUGGAAACCCUAAUUGUCACAAAUGCUGCUGGUGGGCUGAACUCCAAAUUUAAGGUGGGAGACAUUAUGAUGAUCAUUGACCACAUCAACUUUCCUGGAUUUGCAGGCCAGAAUCCUCUGUGUGGUCAAAAUGAAGAGAGGUUUGGUGUACGGUUUCCUUGUAUGUCAGAUGCCUAUGAUAAAGACUUGGCAGAGCUAAUGAGACAGGUAGCCAAGGAGCAGGACUGUGCCAGCUUCCUCCGGCAAGGAGUCUACUGCAUGCUACCAGGGCCAACCUAUGAGACUGUAGCAGAGAGUAAAAUACUACAGCUGCUGGGUGCUGAUGCUGUGGGGAUGAGCACAGUACCUGAAGUGGUGGUGGCCCGCCAUUGUGGACUACGUGUGUUUGGCCUCUCCCUUAUCACUAACAAAGUGGUGAUGGACUACAACAGUAAAGAAUGCGCCAACCAUCAGGAGGUUCUAGAGACCUCAGACAUGCGCACCGUAGACCUUCAGCGCCUGGUCAGUCGUCUAGUGGAGAAGAUGUAGAACCUAAACAAUUGAAGCUCUUUCAGCAAUAAACAGAUGUAAGAGAAGGAGAAUUCUAUCAAAUGUGAAGCUAGAUGCUUCUGAGAGAUAAUUGAUCUAAUAACAAAUUGAUAAAGUAUAUUGUAUUAA